AUGGAAGUGCCUGCGCUUCCAAACGAACUCAUUUUGCACAUUAUCAGAUGCCUUAUUCCAUCUCCACCUCCCGUGGCGUUCGCUGCCCCGCAUCCGGUGACAAAAACCUUGCUCAACCUCACGCUGGUGUCACGUCUUACAUCAGGCACUGCAAAAGGUCUUCUCUUGAAGCACUGCCUAUAUAUAGAGUCCAGUGAUCGCUUAGCAAAGCUCGUCCAUCUCAGAGAACGGUCACUAGUCGAUCUCACAACCGCAGCACCCAAGGGACUUUUCCUAAGUCCCUUCCCCCAAGAGAAUCUCGAUUUUCCCAGCAUUGCACAGAAUGUCAGCCUGCUGCUGUCCGACAUUAAGAGAACACUCACCCGCCUCGUUAUCAACCUGCCACUGCGUUACCUCCGGCCGGAAUAUGAUGAACAUCUCGUACGUCCGGUGCUUCGGGAAGCGUUUUCCGGCUUGACUGCCCUGGAAGAAUUCUGCUCCAUGCAAGAUGAGCUCUAUCUGGACACGGAUGAACACCACCUACAACCCGCGGUAUGGCCCGCGUGGCCACAAUUGCGGCGCCUUGCCCUGUACAAUGCUUGCGUCGAUGAUGCUACGUUCGUGGCAGGUAUCAAACGCUGUUCCAACCUGACCCAUCUGGUCCUUCCGCGUGCAGAUGGGAUAUUCUACCAAGUCCCAAAUGACCCCGCUGGAUUUGGAGCCUUGGCAAAACUCAAGCGCGUUGUUGUCAUCAAUACUAAGCGAGGCUUUAGUCAUGAUCUGAGCUUCGUCGAGGACGAUCAUGCUGCGGCAAAAGAUACCCUUUUGGGGAGAUUAAGGGGUGCUUGGUUGAGUCAUAAUGUUGGUCAGGCUUCUGUACAGAUGUCUGAGUCUGACCACUUUUGUGUGGCGGUUGAAGUACCUAUCCCGCCUAAUCUGGAGCAGGAAGGUGACAGCGAUAUCUCAUUAUGCCAGGAGUGGGUUGGUAACCGUGCUGUGGAUGGAACAUUGUGGGAUGUGACAGGCAACCCUUUCCUCGACUGGCCGAGGUCUUGA